AGCAACCACAUGUACAGAAACUUGAGGGAAAGAAGGUUUCAAAACAUGAACUCUUAACAGAUAGUGCUCGAUAGUCAUUCUACCUGCGGUCCAGCGAUGCCUAAACUACUGUUCUCCAAGAUCAGAACCAACGAGUUUAAGGAUAUCAUUCAGAACAUAAAGCAACCAGAAACACUACAGGAGCAUUCGACACCUGGGCUAAAGUUAGCAGAUCUGCUGAUAAAUAAAGAAUACCUGGCAGCUUUUCGCUCAUUCCUUGAGACUGAGUUUAGUGCGGAGAAUGUGGACUUUUGGUUGGCCUGCAGGGAGUAUAAGAAGAUCUCACCUGCCAAACGCUCCUACAGAGCAGCAAAGAUCUAUGAAGAGUUUCUUCAUCCUAUGGCGCAAAAAGAGGUCAACAUUGACCAUCACAUUCGUGACAAGAUCAAGAAAUCCUUGGCGAAUCCUGACCUCACUUGUUUUGAUGAAGCAGAGGCCCACAUAUACAGACUGAUGGAGAAAGACUCCUGCCCAAGGUUCCUCAAGUCUGAGGCCUACCAGGACGUAAGGAACACAAGACAGGAACCCAAAGUAGACCUGCUGUAG